CGGAAGUGAGUUUGCGCGCGUAAUUCAUCCACAUCGAAUUGCGAUUAACAAAAAGAAGCAAAACCGACCUUGGCUUACGUGAAGAAACAAUUUUUCUUACCAAAAUGGAUGCUUUCAACCAACCUAAACCAAGAGUUAAUGGAUCCAUGCUUCCAAGGCACCAAGGGAGCAUCGUUUGUCUUCUGGGCCAAUUGAAAAAUGUGGACCCCAAUGGAAUGAGCCUAACCCUGACUCUAAGUGAUGGAGUUGAUGCUCAAGUCAAUCUCCAAACACCGCUUGAUCGUCCUAUUGAAGGUUUAGUAGAGGUCGUAGGUCAAGUUGGCGCUAAUCCAAGACAAAUCACAGGAUUGAACCUCAUCAGUCAUGGACAGAAGGAUUUUGAUAUGGAGCUGUACGAUGAGGUUCUGAAGAUCACUCAUGAGCUUCCGCAGUAUUACAGACUUGGUGGCCCUGAGAACUAAUCAAUGCCACAGAAAGAAAUGAACUAUACAAACUGGGUUUGCAAAUGGUGUGAUAUUCCCCUAUGUGAAUGGGUUAAUUGCCACUGCAAGCCAGGAUCGAUGUGCCCUCCUGUGACCCAGAGAGAAUAUAUAGUCCUUCAACCAACUGAUCUACAUGUGCGCUACGGGAAGAAAACAGAAUACAAACUGGGUCUACAAAUGGAACGGUAGAUCACAUAUUCCAUGAUGAGAAUGGGUUCAUUACUGCAGCAAACAAGGAUCUAUGUUUCUUCCUGUGACCCACUUGAGAAUUCAUAGUACAUGUACUUCAAGUCUUCAACCAAGUAGUCUACGCCAGAGAAGAAAACAGAAUACAAACUGGGCCUACUAGUGAAACAGUAGAUCACACAUUCCUUGAAGAGAAUGGGUUCAUUACUGCAGCAAACACGGAUCUAUGUUCCUUUCUGUAACACCAUUGAGAAUUUAUAGUACUUCAACCAAGUAGUCUACGCCAGAGAAGAAAAUAAAAUACAAACCAAGUUUGCCAAUGGUGCGCUAGAUCACAUAUUCUACGAUGUCAAUAGCCCAGAGAUGAUUUGUAGUCUGUCAACCAGGUUCCAAAAUGUGUGAGGUAAUGACACCAUCAGCAUGGGUAAAGGAAAUACAUAGCGCCAUCUAGCAACAACAUUGGUUCAGGUGAUAUUUUAUGAUGGAUUAUGGGUAACAAAAAAAAUGAAAUUCUAUACAGGGGGCUAUUUUAUCUACUUCUCAUAGAGACUGCAUUCCAAAUUACCUUUUUAUUGAACCCAAUUGUAAUUCAUUUGGGCUAUUUUACCACUUAUUUGGGCUAAUUUGCCAAUUAUAUGGGUAAUUGUUCACAUUUUGGAGGCUAAAUUUUACUUCAUUCCAGACACCAGAGUACCAAUGGGUAGAGGAGAUGGUAGGAGACACGUUUGUGAUACUUUAGAUUUUUAUUAAAAAAUGUCUUUGUGGGGAACAUUUUCAAUGGAUGAAUUAUUGAUCCCUUUCACAAUAUUUACAUGUAGGUAAUCGCUGGAGGCAUUUCAUGUAUAUUUUUAUUAUUUGUAUACAUACUUGAAUAUUUGUCCAUUCCGUGUUGUUCUUGCGAUGACUUAAAGACAUUUUGGCAUAUCGACUUCAAAAUUGAUCCAUGACCUUCAUCUUUGCAGUUAGGCACAUGGGUGUUUGCAGAGUGGAAUUCAUGUACAUGUAAGAGCCCUAAAAAGGUUUUUGUAUGGAUUUAUUUUAAUUUUUCUCCAAAUUGCUAUCUAUGAAUCUAGUGCUACUAUAGUAUGUUUUCUUUAAACAAAUCUGGCAUUAACCUUAGAAAACUUGUGACCAGGAAGAAAAAUGGGGGCUGGGGGCAAUUUUGCCCCUGAAAUGCUAAAAAAGGGCCCUGAAAGUAAAAAAAAGGAGCCCUGGAAAAUCCCCAUUUAUUGCAAUGUUAAGUCUUAUCCCAUGUUGCACAUUUAAACAGCAAGUUGGGAAAAGUAGCCCCUGAAAAUACAAACAAAAUUAAUUGCUCGCGUGCUUGCGAUUGUAACAGAAAUUAUUUCAGUGUUUUUGGAAAUGAAAAAUCUUGAGUUUUGAAAAGAAUUUGAAAAUAACACUACAUGUAUGUAACUGCCCCUUAUCCCAUAUAUGAAAUUAUUUAUUCUGACCGAAUUCAAAGUUUGCAAAUUUGUAUGCAAAUUCCUUGGAGAAAUGGCAAUCCAUUGCUAUUAAUCUAGUCUGAAUUAUAAGACCUGUUACAUGUAAUUAAACAAACCAGCAUGAACACAAAUAAUCAAAUUAGGGUCUUGUAAUUUAUAAUGUAGAAAAGUGUGUAGUGUUUGUCAAUUCUCUGUAAGUCUUAAUGUCACCAUCUGAAAAACGUAGCUCCAGGAUUUGAUGCCAGUUUACAUUACAUCCCUCAUGUACAAUAUAGCUUGGACAACAGAUGCAAGCAACAGCUCACUCGUGAUAAAUCAAUGACUCAGAAACUAGAUAAAACAUCCUUAUUAAAUUGGUUUUAAUUUCUCUUCAAAAUGUACAGUAAUCCUUAAAGGGGAAUCCAACCCAAAUAAAAACUUGUUUUUAUAAGGAAAAGAAAAAUCAGACAAGUUGAUAGGUGAAAGUUUGAACAAUUCUGGACAAACAACAAGAAAGUUAUGAAUUUUUAAAAGUUGUUAAUAUUGGUAAUCACUAUACCCAUGGAGACUUCAAAUUGGCCGCAUAUGGGUUUCAUAGUGAUGUAAGGCAAGGACUACCCUUCCAUGUACUCCAAUACAUAAAAUGGCUAAAAUGUCAUUUUCCCCAAAAGUUUUAUUUCAAAUUAUAUUUUUCUUUCAUGAGGACAUACAACAAUAUACUACCUGGGUUAUAUUUAGAUUACUGCCCCAGGGGAAUGGGUACCUAGGAGAAAACCACAAAUCCCUGAUAAUAAAGUACAUGGCCUAUGGGAAAGUUGUCCUUGCCCCUUGUCAUAAUUUACUUACGCAGUUGCCAAUUUGAAAUCUACAUAGUAUUAGUGAUCUCAAUUUUAAAGCAGCUAUAACUUUCUUAUUGCUUGUCCGAUUUCUUUCAAACUUUCACCAUUCUGUUUAAUUUAUUUUUCUCCUUCCCAACACAACAUUUUAUGGCCAAGGCUGGAUUCCCCUUUAAAGAAAAUGUAAGAAAUUACAUCGAGAUAUGAACAUUACUUUUAAGGUGAUUCAUUAGAGAAAAUAUUUAAUAAAUAUUGAUUCCUUUCGUAUGAAAA